GCGCGGCGGCCGGGCCGGGGCCGGGGCGGGCGGCCGGGCGGGGGCCGGGGCGGGCGGUGCGGGGGCGGCAUGAGGGCCGGCGGCCCGGGGGGCUGAGGCGCCCGCCGCCAGCCGCGGGGGCCACGCGCGUCCUCCAUGGAGGCCGGAGAGGAACCUCUGCUGCUGGCUGAACUCAAGCCCGGGCGCCCCCACCAGUUUGAUUGGAAGUCGAGCUGUGAAACCUGGAGUGUCGCCUUCUCCCCAGAUGGUUCGUGGUUCGCUUGGUCUCAAGGACACUGCAUAGUCAAGCUGAUUCCCUGGCCGCUGGAGGAGCAGUUCAUCCCUAAAGGGUUUGAAGCCAAAAGUCGAAGUAGCAAAAAUGAGACCAAAGGGCGAGGCAGCCCAAAGGAAAAGACGCUGGACUGCGGGCAGAUUGUCUGGGGGUUGGCCUUCAGCCCAUGGCCUUCCCCACCCAGCAGGAAGCUCUGGGCACGCCACCCUCCCCAGGUGCCAGAUGUCUCCUGCCUGAUCCUGGCUACAGGACUCAAUGAUGGGCAGAUCAAGAUUUGGGAGGUUCAGACAGGGCUCCUGCUUUUGAAUCUUUCUGGCCACCAAGAUGUUGUGAGAGAUCUGAGCUUCACACCCAGCGGCAGUUUGAUUUUGGUCUCUGCAUCACGGGAUAAGACUCUUCGCAUUUGGGACCUGAAUAAACAUGGUAAACAGAUUCAGGUGUUAUCGGGCCACCUGCAAUGGGUUUACUGCUGUUCCAUUUCCCCAGACUGUAGCAUGCUGUGCUCUGCAGCUGGAGAGAAAUCGGUCUUUCUAUGGAGCAUGCGGUCCUACACAUUAAUCCGGAAACUAGAAGGCCACCAAAGCAGUGUUGUCUCUUGUGACUUCUCUCCUGACUCUGCCUUGCUUGUCACGGCUUCUUACGACACCAAUGUGAUUAUGUGGGACCCCUACACUGGCGAAAGGCUGAGGUCACUCCACCACACCCAGGUCGACCCUGCUAUGGACGACAGUGAUGUCCACAUCAGCUCACUAAGAUCCGUGUGCUUCUCUCCAGAAGGCUUGUACCUUGCCACAGUGGCAGAUGACAGACUCCUCAGGAUCUGGGCCCUAGAACUGAAAACUCCAAUAGCAUUUGCUCCUAUGACCAAUGGUCUUUGCUGCACAUUUUUUCCACAUGGUGGAGUUAUUGCUACAGGGACGAGAGAUGGCCAUGUCCAAUUCUGGACGGCUCCUAGGGUCCUAUCCUCACUGAAGCACUUAUGCCGGAAAGCCCUUCGAAGUUUCCUAACAACUUACCAAGUCCUAGCACUGCCAAUCCCCAAGAAAAUGAAAGAGUUCCUCACAUACAGGACUUUUUAAAUCAUGCUACUUACCUUUUCUUUGUAGAGUGGUAAAUCUUUCUGGUAAAGGAGUAGCCAGAAUAAUGGACCAAACAUCUGGUCUUGGGCUGAAAUAGCAUUUCUUUGGGAUUGUGAAUAGAAUGUAGCAAAACCAGAUUCCAGUGGACGAAUCAUGAAUCUCACUCUGUGGCAUGUAAAAGUCAGUCUUAGAGGAGAUUCCACUUCCGAGGCAACAGAGCCUUAAGUCUGCAGUCCACUUGUGAAUAGAAAGUGUUGAACUUUCUAGUCAUUUUGAUUCAAAGUGCAGUUAUUGAUGUUGUUUUGAUGGUAAAAGUAAGUAGGCCUCCAGAGCCUCUCUUUCAGUGGCAGAGAGGGUCAUAAUCCCUCAACUGCAAGUAUGACUUCUGCAUCGCAUCUUUGAUGCAGUGAUAGCUUUGUUCAAAGUUCUCUCUCCUGCUGUGGUCAGGGUUGCUCUGAUGUAGGUAAUUGCUCUCCUUCCUCAGGCUCCCUACUGACCAGCAGGACAAAGUUUCAGUGGAGCCAUGUGGUAUGAGGUAUUAGCUUAACUCAAUUAUAGGGUAAUCAGGCUGUGCUCCUGACUGAUGCAGACACUAUAUUGGCUUUUUUAAAACAUGGUGUGCAUGUGCAGAUGACAAAUUUGUAUGUCAGCUUAUACAAGGAUAUAUUCCUAACCUGCAUGACUGUUCAAAUGGCUACUGAGUGGUCAGUUGCCAUUUAUUAGCAUCAUAUUUAUUUGUAUUUUCUCAACAGAUGUUAAGGUACAAUUGUGUUUUUCUCAGUGAUAUCUAAAAACCAUAGUACUUAAAUUGAACAUUGGGAAGAUGUGUAUGAACUAUGUAAAGAAUUGGUGUUGUCAUGAUUUAGCUGAUACUCCUGUGUACGAGAUCUGUCUUUGCUGCUUAACCUCAUUAAUCAGCUGGUUUCACCUCUACCCCCGAACAAAAAUAGCUCCUUAAAAGUACUGUUCUCCUUCAGUGGCAUGUAGUUAUCUAACCCAGACACCUCACUCGAGCAAAAUCUGCCUUAGGAAAAUUUAAUAUAUUUUAAAUUAUUUUAAAAGAAAUGCAACAUCGUAUUCUCUAGCUUUCUUAAUUGGUGCUGUUUGGAGGCCAGUGUAACGUUAUAUGACUUAAGAAAGUUGAGGAAUUUCCUCUACCACUUUUGUUGCUUGAAGAAAAACAUCUUUUCAAAAUGAGAGGCUUUCAUUGAAGGGAAAACAAAAAGUUAAAACCU